GCGGUGGUGGCGGGUUUCGAGCGGGUGGACAGCAAAUGGUGAUGGUGGGACCGUUAAGCCCGGUGUCGUCAGACGGGCUAGGACAUGGGCAAGUGGAUAACAUAGGUGAUCAGUAUGGAUUUGAUAUGGGAGGGUUAAGAGGGAGGAAGAGAGUAGUGGAGAAAGUAGUGGAGAGAAGGCAGAGGAGGAUGAUCAAGAACCGUGAGUCUGCUGCCAGGUCUAGAGCAAGAAAGCAGGCAUAUACUGUGGAGUUAGAAGCAGAACUGAACCAGUUGAAAGAAGAGAACGCACAGCUAAAACAUGCAUUGGUAUUUAUUAAUCUUUGAAAGACUAAUUCUUUCUUCUUCUUCUUUUGUGAAAGGGAUUGUAACAAUUGGUCUUUAUUUAUUUUAUUUUUGUUUCAACAAGGAGAGUUGGAGAGGAAGAGGAAGCAACAGGUAAUAGUUUUCGUUGGGAAAGAUAUCGGAUAAUAUUUUCUCUGAGAGGUUGAGAUGAAAUGUAGACGGUUUAUGUUUGAAAUAGCCUUCGUAUUUUAGGAAAGGGAUUUGCUACUCAAGCUUUGUGUUUAGAGAGUGUUUUAUGACUCUCUUAGAAAGAACUCUUUCUGAAAAACUACUCUUUAUU